AUUAUUUAUUAAUUAUUUAAUUAAUUUUUUUGAUACUUUUAAAUGUAUAAUUUGUAACAUAAAAAAUGAAUAAAAAAAUUUUGAGUGUACGUGAGUAUAAAAUUCAUGGAAUAAAAGACAGCAGAUGGACUAUCAAAGAUAAAAUUUAUCAGUAUAAAGGAGCGAUAAAAUUGUAUGCUAUUGAGGCAGCGAGACAACGUAAAAAAUUAUCGAAAGAAAUAAAAAUUCUGCGAGAUGAAAUUAGAGAGUACAGAGAAAUCCUCAAAGAAGUGAAAAGUGGUGAUCGAAGACGCAUGCACCAAGUGUUACAGAAUGACAAAAAUCUUCAGUUGGCUUAUCAAGACCGGGACCCAACCGUCGUCUACGGCGCGAUUAAUCAGGACUUUAGUUUACGACGUAAACAACUGGAUGAGUUGUUAUACUUUAAGAAGAUUAAAAUAAAAGAAUUUUUUGAUCUUAAGGUAUUGAUAAAUAAUUUAGAAUGGACAUUUUUAAUGAAUGAAUAUGAAGAACAAAACCGUCUGAGAGAACCAGAUCGUCAUCAACAAAAAUUAGCGGCGCUCUAUCAAAAGUAUGUCGCUAAUAGAAAUUAUGCUGAAUCAAUUCGUACGACUUACUUAGCGAUGGUUAAAAUAUUAAAAAAGGAUACAGUUUACUUCAAUGCAAUAAUAGAAGCUUUAAAAGAAGAUAAAAUGGAACAAUGCAAAGUACUACUUCGUGGAAUAUUUAUGGGUCAGUUAGCAGCUGAAGAGCUGGAUGAUACUCGAGAGAAAUAUAAAAGAAUGGCUCGUGAUGUUUGGAAAAAUAUGAAGGAGAGAGAAAGAACAUUAAAUAUUGUACGCAGUAGGGUUGAUGAUCUCCGGUCUGAUAUACGAGAACUUGUACAAGUUGAGAGUAAUCCAGAAUUAAUGGCAAUGACUAGAAAAUUGCGAGAUGAUGAUGAUGGAUUGGAAGAAAAUAUUAAAAUUUUGGAAGAAACUUUUAAUAAAGUUAAAGAAAUUUUGAUGGCGCGAUCUUACGAUGAAUUAUUUGACAGAUUUGAAGAACAGGCGAGACAAAAAAAACGUUUACUUAAAAAGUUAGAAAAUAAUCUUAAAGAACGUGAAUUAUUAUUAAAUAAAAAAAAUUGCGCGACAUUAAUUCUUGCUGAUUUGAAUAAUUCACUGAUAUCAGCUAGUGGGGAAUACGACAAGUAUUACAAUAGAUAUAAAACUGAUAAAAGGGAAAUGUUGGAAGAAAUAAAAACGUCAAAAAAGCGGGAAAAAGAUUUUGUAAAAUUAGAAAAAUCACGGAGUGAAUUAUUAAUCAAUGUUAAAUGUGGGUUACAAAAUAUGCUUGCAAUGAUGAUUUUUGUAAAACCUGGUCUAGGAGGCAAGAAAUCACCGCGUGAAAAAAAACGCGACAAACGUAAAACUUCAGAUUUAAGUGACGGUAAAAGUAGUUCGAGAAAACCCAAAAGUCAAUUUAUCGAUAAUGCUGAGUAUCAAUUGGAAAAAUUUGACUCUGAUGGUAAAAUUGUAGUUUUAACGCUGCUUAAUCAAGUGACCAAGAAAGCUAACAUACUUUUUGGACUGUCAAAUUUUGAAAUGACUCAAGAAGAUGAAGAAAAGGCGAAAAAUUUAUACCAAAGUUACGUAGCUGAGAAAAGGUCAAAAAUUUAUCAGAAUAAUCACGCGGCGGAACAAAAAGUAAUGACAGUUGAGCACGUGUGUGUGGACUCGUCAGUUAUGUCAAGAACUGAUGUCAAAAAUCAAAGUAAAAAUAUUAUUGAAAUGUAUUCAAGAGCCGACUAAUUAUUUUGAAAAAAAAUAUACAAUGUGAUAAUUUAUUAAAUUUUUUUAUUCAAUAUAAUAAUGUACUUACGUAUAACUUA